CAACAAUGCCGUCAGUGACUUCCACAGUGUUCAUCCUUCUGAUUGCUGUCAUUGCCGUUGGAAUAAACUUUUAUGUCUUGCCGGUUCCUAACACCAAUAUUCUCUCACCCGAACUGAACACAACGUAUGACUACAUCAUAGUAGGAGCAGGAUCCGCCGGGUCUGUUCUGGCGUCCCGUCUGUCCGAAGAUGGUCAUGUGACUGUCCUGCUGAUCGAGGCUGGUGGCGAUGACCGGAACCAGAAGACGCUGGACAUCCCUAUGAUGGCGCCGCUAAACCAACAGGGGAUAUUCGACUGGUCAUACACAACUGAGCCUCAGGAACAGUCACUGAAAGGCCUUACAGAACAGAGGGCGAUUUGGCCACGUGGUCGAGUCAUUGGAGGAACCAGCCAAUUGAACUACAUGAUCUAUGUCAGGGGUCAUCGCCAUGACUACAAUGGUUGGGCAUCCAGUGGCUGUGAAGGAUGGAGCUACAACGACGUUCUUCCAUAUUUCAAAAAGUCGGAGGAUAUCAAAAUAGAAAACUUGUCAAAAUCAGACUACCAUGGCAAUGGAGGUCCACUGACUGUGACUGGGGUCUAUUCCAUACCCGUCUCUGACCAUAUCAUCAGGGCUGGGGCUGAGAUUGGCUACAAUGAAACAGACUUUAAUGGCGAAAACCAAGAAGGAUUUAGCAGGGUACAAACAACAAUCAAGAACGGAGAACGUAUGAGCACAUCCAAGGCGUUCCUGUGGCCAGUGAUAGACAGACCCAACCUGCACGUCCUGGCCAACAGUCACGUCACGAAGGUAAUGAUAAACCAGAAGAAAGCAGUUGGCGUCGAGUAUGUUAAAGAUGGCCGCCUGUACAGAGUGCGAGCCUCAAGGGAGGUAAUCCUGUCAGCUGGUGCGGUAGGGUCGCCACAGUUGCUGAUGCUGUCUGGGAUCGGGCCAAAGAAACACUUGGAGGAAAUGAAGAUACAGGUCCUCGUUGAUCUCCCUGUGGGUGACAGGCUAAAGGAUCACAUGGUUUUACCCAUGGAAUCGACAAUCAAGUAUCCAAUAUCUCUCACUGAAAGGAAAAUUGAAUCACUAAGUGCAUUGGCCGAGUAUAUGACACUGAGAUCAGGUUAUCUGGCAUCUGCAGCUGGUUCGGAAACAACAGCGUUUGUUAAAACGAAAUCCGAUGAGCCAAGUCCUGAUGUUCAACUGCUAUACAUAUCCUUUUCCAUGAGCAGAUCAAUAUCACAGGCGUUGAACAUUGACCGUAAAAUUGUUGAACAUUAUAACUGGACAUCAGUGGAGGGUUUCAUCACACUUCCAACUCUCAUCCGGCCCAAGAGCAGGGGGUCAAUCCGUCUGAGAAGCACCAACCCCUUCGAGUAUCCUGUCAUCGACCCCAACUACCUGUCUCACCCUGAUGAUGUCAAGACUCUGGUCAGAGGAAUUCGACUGAACCAGGAACUUCAUCAGACAAACGCAUACAAGGAAAUAGGAGCCAAGCUUGAUGACACACCCUUCCCGACAUGCACCACGAUGCAGUACGACACUGAUGCAUACUGGGAGUGUUACGUCCGGGCACUAGCGACGACAGGCAACCAUGCCACAGGCACGUGCAGGAUGGGGAGUCCAAGUGACCCCACUACAGUGCUGGAUCCUAACUUGAGAGUAAAGGGAAUUUCUGGACUGCGAGUUGUGGACGCAUCCGUCAUGCCAAGCUCUGUGUCCGGAAACACAUACGCCCCGACCAUCAUGAUUGCAGAGAAGGCGGCUGACAUGAUCAGAUCAGAUGUGUAGACGACACACCCGGUUCAUAAUAUGGGUACCGGUAAAUACCGGGAAGUAUUCAGUGGGUAGGUCACCACACAUGGGCCCUGAAGAUGACAAGAGGAUGUAAAUCAAUAAAGUGAAGCACCAGUAUUUCGGCAUGUCGGUGGUUUGAUACUGAUUCAGAAACACAUGCCUAUGAUACAGUCGGAAUUGAACAACAGACUCCACUGUUUCCUAGCGGAGAUUCCUCAUGACUAAAUGUGCUCGGUGAAAUCAGAAUUGUUACUGCUAAACGAGCAAAUUUUAGUUGCUUCCGCUUUGGCAUUGACGGCGCUAAACCCCUGUGGUUUUAAAGUGGUUCAAAUGGUGAAGAAAAUCUUGGGUAUCAAAAGUUAUCUCCCUUGCAUCCAAACGCGCGUGAAAUGGGGAUUUUAUGAAUGCUUAAUAUUCAACAAAUCGAUCGCUUCUUAAAGAAAGAUGAUCCGUUACAGACAACCAAUUGUGGUUUCAAGACUGAUGGAAUGAUGGGACAUGGCAAGAACUCCGAAUGUACAGAGCUUCAUACAAGAAUGGCAGUGAAAUAUCUACAGAGAACUGUGUCCAGACAUAAGAGAAACGUACUUAAUUUAGAUGUGGUUCAUCACAAGGCCGGUCAGGCCUUUAGAUGCUCGACAUGCGAUGCUUGUACUACCCCGGAAGACGGAACUUCUUAACAGACUGUCCUGUGUCUUAGCUACUAACUGUUCAGACAUCAGUGUAUUCCGAUUAACUUCACUGACCUUAUCUGAAAACAAUCAAGUAGACGUUUAAAUAGCCGUGUAUAAACGCAGGCAUUACCUACUAAUAUAGGCAAAUGUUAUCGCGAAAUUAUUCACAUGUUCGCGACAAGUACUAGUUAUAUGGCUGGUAUUUUAGCUAUGUAUAUCAUGUAUAUACAUGUAUCGACUUUGUAUGUAUGUUUCUGGUGUAUGUGUGUGGGACUGGGUGUUGGGGGAAGUGCCAGAAGGUUGGUGUGAGGGAGUGAGUGUGUCUACGGCGUGGUGAGGUGAGCUGAAAUGGGGUUUAACGUCGCGUCCAAGAUUAUUGCACUUAUAUAGCGACGUGCAUGCACGUGUAUGUGUGUGUGUGGCUGAUUGUACUAGUCAGGACUGAUGCCGAUUUAUAGUG